UGGACAGGUGUGGUUAUUGCAAUGACAAUUACCUAGCUAUGGAGUAAUGUUUAGAUUAGGGAAAAUGGUGAUAGUGCACUCCCUCCCUCAUCUAAAAGCCAAGUCGUCCGUUACAUUUACAUUUCUAUUUACAACUACGUCGUGUUUUCCAUAAGGAUAUACAGAAAGGCAUGAAAGUAUAGCCUAUUCCCAGGGGCACUUUUAUCACACAGGACCUUUGCUAAUAGCAGAGUCCUUCCUAGUUGCUUGAGUGAAGAUGGCGCAGGCACUAUCAGAGGAGGAGUUCCAUCGGAUGCAGGCUCAGCUUUUAGAGCUGAGGACACAGAACUACCAACUUUCAGAUGACCUGCGGAAGAACACAACUGAACUGAAUGCUGUUCGUCUGAAGACUGUGACCUUGGAGAAAGAUUACAUCAAAGCACAGAAGGCUCUGAAUAAAAGCAAGAAAGCUCAGGAGGUGGAUGCAUUACUCAGCGAGAACGAGAUGCUGCAAGGCAAGCUGCACAGCCAAGAGGACGACUUCAGACUGCAAAACAGCACCCUGAUGCAGGAGCUGUCCAAGUUAUGUACUCAGAUAGAGGAGCUACAACAUGAAAUCAAAGAGCUAAAGGAUGGCAAGGGGCUGCAGGCUGAAUCCUCCGGUACCAUCUCCAUCUCUGUGGAUGGAGAGUUACUGCGCCUCCAGGCAGAGAACGCUGCCCUUCAGAAAAAGAUGACGGCCCUUCAGGAGCGCCAUGAGAGUGAGAUAAAGAGCCAGAGGGGAGCGGAGGUCAGUGAAACCAAAGCCUCAGAGACAGAUGGCCUGGCUGACACCACCGGUGUCCGGUUGCACUCUGACGUCAGUGAGACCAGGGAGGACUCUGCAGCCGGAACCAAUGACAGACUGGAACAGGCAGAGGCAAAGUGUGCCAAACUGGAACAGCGAGUGGCUGAGCUAAGUGGACCUGCAGUGAGGACCCCCGGGCUAGUUAUGAAACAGGAUGCUCUUAGGUGGUCAGCACUGUGUCCAAAUCCAAUAACGCAAUGCUUUGGGCCAGAGGUGGAGCUGCAGCUGCACACUGAGGUGGAGGAGAAACGCCUACUGCAGGAGCAGCUCCAAGCACUAGAGUCAUCCAAACAGGCAGACAUCACUCAACUUCAAGAAGAAAUAGCAAAGCUCUCUGAUAAAUUGAAGAAAAAACAAGACUGCUUUCUGCGUUCGCAAGGUGAAAAAGAAGCCCUUUAUAAUGACAGCAGGACUAAAAUCAAUGAGAUUCAACAGAGGAAGGAGGAGGAGCUAAAGUCAUUGAACAUCCGCAUCCAGAAGUUACAGGGAGAUCUGCUUUCAGCCAACCAGAGUGUUGGAGAGAUGAAGGAGCAGCUACAGAGCCGGCAGAAGGAGCAUGAGUUAGUUCUACACACACUCAGAGAUCAGAUAGCGUGUCAGAGUGCUGUGAGUCAGGAGCAGGUGGAGAGUAUCCUGACUGAGAACGAUGCUCUCAGGACUAACCUAGUCGCUCUGGAACAGAUUCAGACGGUGAAGACUCAGGAGAUGAACCUUCUGCGUGACCAAAACACGGCUCUGAACGUUGAGCUGCAGCAGAGACGGACGGAGCAGGAGAGCUUCCUGGCACAGAGAGAUGACCUUAACUCUCAGCUACAGGAGGGGAACCGUGCCAACAGCAGACUGUUGGAACAGCUGACUGUAUUGGACCAAUGGAAAGACCGAUUACAGCAAGAGCUGGAGGAGGCUAAAAAGACAGCUGACAAGCGGAAGGCCAUGCUGGAUGAACUGGCCAUGGAGAUAAUCACAGAGAAGUCCCGGCACAAGGAGGAGCUGAGCGACGUGCGUCUGCAGCAUGAGAAGGAGGUGCUGGGGGUGCGGGCACGCUACGAGAAGGAGCUGAGGGGACUCCAUGAGGACAAGAACCGCACAGAGGAGGGGAUCCGCUCACAGCUCCGAGACGAGAAGGCUCGCAAUAAGGAGCUGGAGGGUCUGCAGCAGUGUGUGGAGGAGCUGCAGGCCCAGGUCCAGUCCAUGGAGGAAACUAAGGGCUGGUUCGAACGCAGACUCAAAGAUGCUGAGGAGAGCAUGGAGAAGAGCUGUCUGGAGUACCAGGAGAGCAUGGAGAAGCUGCAGGAAGAACACUCUCUCCAACUGGAGUUAAAGGCAUCUGAUAUAGAUGGUGUGAACCUGCAGUUGACAGAGGUAGAGAAGGAAAGGGAUGUGCAUUUUGAAACCAUUGGAAAACUGAAGCAGGAGAUUAAAGACACGGUGGAUGGCCAGAGGAUCCUGGAGAAGAAAGGUAGUUCAGCACUGAAAGACUUGAAGAGGCAGCUACAGCUGGAGAGGAAGAGAGCUGAUAAACUCCAGGAGCGGCUACAGGAGAUCCUUACCAACACUAAGACCAGGACAGGCCUGGAAGAGCUGGUGUUGUCAGAGAUCAGCUCUCCUAGUCCUAAGCAGCAGAGGGGAGAUAGCAGCAGUGUCUCGUCCUUCAGCUACGGGGAGAUCAUGAAGGAGGGAGCCACAUCACAGAACAUCAACAAGUCCGCCAGUGGCAGCCCCCAGUCCCAGCGGCCUGCUGACCUGUCUGAUGAUGAGGUUGGGGAGCUGUUCCAGAGGCUGGCUGGGGUGCAGCAGGAGAAGUGGAUGUUGGAGGAGAAGGUGAAACACCUAGAGGUCAGCUGCUCCUCCAUGGCUGAUGACAUCUGUAAGAAAAGUUCUAUCAUCGAGACCUAUGUCAUGGACAGCAGGAUAGCACAUGGUGCAACGGCGGUUGCCCAUCACGUGGGCCAGGUGGGGGGACAUGGACAUGGCUUGGGCUCUGUGCUCAGGGACCUGGUGAAGCCUGGGGACGAGAACAUGCGGGAAAUGAACAAGAAGCUGCAGAACAUGCUGGAAGAACAGCUGACCAAGAACAUGCAUUUACAGAAGGACCUUGAAGUUCUGUCUCAGGAGAUUGUCCGUUUAAGUAAAGACUCAAGUCCUGGAGCUGGCUCAGCUACGGGCUAAAAGACUGGAACAAGACCCUCCUCUCUGCCCUCUCUCUUCACCUGUUUCUGUGGCCAACAAGAGGACCUUACCUAACUGACUGACUGAACCUCUGGCUGGGAACACAGAUGAAAGGAGAGGGAUAGAGGGGGGUAGGAAGGGGUUAGUGCUCUUGAAACUGCUUUACUACUGAAUGUACUUACUGUAACAUGUCUUGGUUCUUUCUGUGGUAUUGUGAUCUGACUUCUGUCUGUCUGCACUCUCUGCCUCCCCACUCUGGUGUGAUCUGAAGAAUAGCAGAAGGCAACAAUGUCUGGAUGCCAGGACACUGUGCUUUACUGGUUCACGACUUCAAGAGAUUGUUUAAUGUUGCGAAUAACAAGAGACAUUCUGCCUACUCAUACAGAGGCUUAAGCUGUUGUGUUUUGCCUGUACUCGUAUUCAUUUCUUUAUACUUUCAACUCUGCAACUCUUGUUUUUGUUUGUAUAAAUCCUGUAUAUAUGAAAAACAACUGUAGUAAUUGAACUGUUCUCAGAGUAAUGCGUAUUGUAAUGAAACAGCAGGGUCGUUACAGUAUUGUAUAUGAGCCAAAAUGAUUGUAGAGGUUUUAUGUCCGUCAUACAUUCUAGAUGCUGAAAUGUCCAGUUUGAGUUUGUCUGGGGAAAAUGUGAGUAUCCUAAAGCCAGUAGUAAAAACAUGUAUUUACAAAAACUCAAUAACAUGCAUAGUGUUGAGGACUGGACCAAACCACCACUGUUUCUUGGGGAAUGGACAAAACCACUCCUAUCUCUGGGUCGCUGGACCACACCACCCCUGUGUCCACUCACUGGGUUAGAUCUCUGUGCUCGUUUCCUUUUAAUCUGCACCAGUCCCGUGACUGCAGCAGAAGCACGGAGGAGGCCUUGGCAGCUCAGCAUCUGGUGUCAACAUGAACAUGAUGUCCAACUCCACAGAGACUGGCUGGAUGCCUGCUUUGUGGGCUGCUUUCAAAAUGUCACUUUGGCUGCUUUCUCUAUCCCCAAUUAAGACUCCAGGUGUGGUUAGAUUUGCACAUUUAAUUCCGGCUUAACUCCACUUUGAUAUUUUCUAAAAAAUAUUAGAUUCCAAAUAAGAGGAAGCAGAGGAUUCUCUGUGAUGAGCAGAUUAAUUUGUCCCCCUGGCUGAGGUCUAACAACAGUGUCAGUUGUCUUGAGUUCAACUCUUCCUUCACUCUGGCAAAGCUCAUCAGUGUGCUCGCUGAGUUCAACAUGGACAGGAAACUCAUCACCAAUAUUUAUUAUCUGCCAUCAAUACCUGGCCAUUACUGUGUGUCAGAAGAACUGGCCCCAUGCCCUGUAGGAUGAGGGAAACAUGAAUCAUGUGAAGCUGUGCCUUCUAUUUCACCUGUCUUUGACUCACCUAGCAAAUGUCUUAUUUUAAAUGACUUCUCAACAUGACUGAACAGCAGUAGCUGGGCAGAUCAGAUGGUAUAACACAGGGUGGUAUAACACAGGGUGGUCUAACACAGCGUGCAUACCUACCUGUGUUAGCCUUUUAUACUUUGAGACAUGUUUCCCUUAUCUGAGAAUGUAUGCACUUCAUUCAGGCCUCUGUGAACACUUGUUUAGGAACGAACAGAUUGGUCAUUGGAAGCCCCCAAGAACGUCUUCUCUUAUGUACAAGUAAAGCUGGGCGAUAUAUCAAAUUAAUAUGAUAUAUUCAAAUGUAUUUUUUGGCGCGAUGUUUCAAAUGCCUAUGUCACAACAAUCUAGGUUUUUAUUUUAUGUUCAUUGUUGCUUCAUUGUUGGUAUGUUGCUUGUUAAAAAAAAAAAAUCAGGUAAUGUUUUUUAGAGCCCCAUUCAUGCAGUCCAAUUUUUGCUGCGUUCUUGCCAGGAUAAGGCUUUUAUACCUCCCGUGCACAUGCCGGCAAGAUUAGGAGUGGGAGGUGUAUUUGAAUAAAUUAAUUGAAUGUACACCAUCACAAAUACGUUUUUGGCAGGUCCUAAGAAACAUAAGACUAAUAAAAUAUGUUUUCAAGAAGAA